AUGGAUAUUGAGCGACCGGCCAACGUUUCCUUCUUUGAUUUCGUCGGAGGAGUGCAGCUUCUCCAGUGGGAGGACACCAGGACGGCCGUGCCGGUCCUCCUGAUCGGGAUCUGCGUGUCCGGAGCGGUGGGAAACUUGCUGGUGCUGCUGAUUUUCAUCCGCGACUUCAGAAACGGGAGGGGCUCGGAGGUGAAGGCGCUCCUCGCCUCGCUGGCCUCCACGGACUUGGCGAUCCUUUUGCUGUGCGCUCCCGUGCGCGCCCUCACCUACUACAAGCAGAGCUGGACGCUGGGGGGUUUCGUGUGCCGCACCACGGACUGGUUCCAGCACUCGUGCGUGGUCGCGAAAACUUUAAUCCUCGCCGUCACCACCAGAGCCAAACACAACUUGGUGCCGCGCACGGACGCGGGACCCCUCUACAGCCCGACGUGGAUCCACGGAGCCCUGAUGUCCGUUUGGAUCGUCUCCAUGAUGUUUUCGAUCCCGCAGAUGCUUUUCGCCUCCUUGGUUCCAUAUGGCAGCGAGACUAUUUGCGUCUCCGAGAUGCCAGUGUGUGCCUCUGCGUUUAUGAGUUUGUUCUACAAGAUUUAUCCAACUGUUACUUUCGCAUUGCCGGUCAUCUUUACGCUCGCCUAUUACACCAAGACGCUUUACACUGCGGUGAACCACGCGCCAAGCCCGCGGCACCAGAGCAAGGUUAUCCUCGUCCUGCUGUGUUUAAGCGGCGAGCUGGGGCUCAUGCUGCUGCCGGAGUGGGGGACGUUCACCUGGAUCAGACUCGGGUACAACAAACCUCCCGUCGGGCUGCUGAUGUUCGCGCAAAUCCUCCUUUACGCGUGCAGCUCUUUGUCCCCGGUCAUCCUGAUGACCAUGUACGACGACGUGCGCCGGGGACUGGUCGCCAUCUGGUUGGUCUUCACCUGCAGGGGCAAGAAGCGCGCGUCCUGCGAAGGGUGCCCCAAAACGGAGGGGAACGGGCCGGAGGCCGGAGCGAACGCCGUCGCCAACGCCGUCUCCCAGGAAAAGGAGAAGACUUUCCCCGACGUGGAGCACUUUUGGACCGGGCGCAGAAAUACGCACGUGGACGAUGAGCACGAUCCGGUCCCGUGGGAGAGAGAGGAGAAGAUGUUGUAG